UGUUUGUCACCAAAUUUGCCAACAGUGGAUAAAUCGAUUUCCACCGGUAAUUUUUAUACGAUUCGUACUUGGACAUUUUCUCUUAUAAUGCUACAAAGAAGGUGUCAUUGGACAGCUAAAAGCCUGGAUUUUCUUGCUGUGUAAAAAUAUUAUCGACAAACUCGAUAUCUAACGCUUGCGAACAUACUGAAGUUGGAUUAUCUAUUGUCCUGUAGUAAUCUUUGUUAUAAUUACGACGGUUUUUCUUGCACUCAUAGAUGGUGAUAUUAUCGAACAUGAAAAGCUGAAAGUCCUACCUUGUAAUGACUCGAGCCCCAAACAACGUUGGACUUGUACCAGAGAUGUCUUGCGACUCGUCAUGAACAUCUGGAUGUUCAUGAAUUAUGCUCGUGAGGGUGAAAGUCAUUUGAUAAUAUCAGAUCAAGCUAGUGUCAGAGACCAAUUGAACAUCUACCAAACAGAAUCAACCUUGUGUACGGCAAAGCCAGGAUGUAAGUAUGUAAACAUGUGCUCUUGGAAAACAAGAAAGCUUCGCGAUUGAUAGCGAUGCAACUAAUUGAAAAAUAAAAGGAGAACUUCGACGUUUCGAGCGAAGGCAUGCUAACUUCUCGACGAAGCGCCUUCGCUCAAAACAUAUACAUUUUUUAUAUUUUUAUAGUUUUUAUAUUAAAAUUUUUCGCCUAAGUUAGGCUUUAUUUUCAACAGUAGCCUUAUAUCGCCAAGGCUGGAUUAACGUUUCGCGGGGCCCGUGGUGUCCGUGGUGGUUAUGGCAUAACCAUUCAACUUGGAGUGGUUAUGCCGUUGACUGUCUUCGGCAUAACCAUUCAACUUGGAGUGGUUAUGCCGUUGACUGUCUUCGGCAUAACCAUUCAACUUGCAGUGGUUAUGCCGUUGAAUGUCUUCGGCAUAACCAUUCAACUUGGAGUGGUUAUGCCGUUGAAUGUCUUCGGCAUAACCAUUCAACUUGGAGUGGUUAUGCCGUUGAAUGUCUUCGGCAUAACCAUUCAACUUGGAGUGGUUAUGCCGUUGACUGUCUUCGGCAUAACCAUUCAACUUGGAGUGGUUAUGCCGUUGACUGUCUUCGGCAUAACCAUUCAACUUGGAGUGGUUAUGCCGUUGAAUGUCUUCGGCAUAACCAUUCAACUUGGAGUGGUUAUAUCGUUGAAUGUCUUCGGCAUAACCAUUCAACUUGGAGUGGUUAUACCGUUGACUGUCUUCGACAUAACCAUUCAACUUGGAGUGGUUAUGCCGUUGACUGUCUUCGGCAUAACCAUUCAACUUGGAGUGGUUAUAUCGUUGAAUGUCUUCGGCAUAACCAUUCAACUUGGAGUGGUUAUACCGUUGACUGUCUUCGACAUAACCAUUCAACUUGGAGUGGUUAUGCCGUUGACUGUCUUCGACAUAACCAUUCAACUUGCAGUGGUUAUGCCGUUGACUGUCUUCGGCAUAACCAUUCAACUUGCAUGAAGUGGUUAUGCCGUUGAAUGUCUUCGGCAUAGCCAUUCAACUUGGAGUGGUUAUACCGUUGACUGUCUUCGACAUAACCAUUCAACUUGGAGUGGUUAUGCCGUUGACUGUCUUCGACAUAUAACCAUUCAACUUGCAGUGGUUAUGCCGUUGACUGUCUUCGGCAUAACCAUUCAACUUGCAGUGGUUAUGCCGUUGACUGUCUUCGGCAUAACCAUUCAACUUGGAGUGGUUAUGCCGUUGAAUAUCUUUGGCAUAACCAUUCAAUUUGGAUCGGAUAAUUAUGCCGUUGACUGUCUUCGUUGAAAAUGUCUUCGAAGCGCUUUUGCUCGAAACGUAUAUAUUUUUAUAUUGAUUUAUUAAUGAGCUAAGUUCUUUAUUUCACUUCAUUUGCAUUAGGUUCGGCACAUGAAAAGUUCGACGUUUGACCGUGGCCUAUAAAAGGUUCACUUUUUUCAGACACUCUGUAUAAUUAUCAAUCUAUAAACAUAGUCUUGUUAUCGAAUGAAAUUGACAUGAAUUAUUAAUGAGAAAUAUAUUUUUAGACCGACGAUUCCAAAUAUAUUCGAAAGCCUUCAACCUGUGUGCGAGCGUGUAUGCCAAUGAUUACGUUACAGCGCAAACGUGUAUUCAUGAUUUGUUCUCCCCGAUACAAGCUUGGCAGUGGAUCAACAACAGGCAAUUACGUCAUGAACAUACAGGAAAGUGCCUUGAUAUCGUUAACGGAAUCGUCAUUAGAGACAGACUUUGUGUCAGGACUUGUAAUUCGACAAGAAAAUCGCAACAAUGGGCUUGUGAUGGACUCUUUUUCGAGGUGAUUAAAUUUGAUUUCAACUACAGGCGCAAAAAUUUCAUAUCUUGUAGCAAGUUGGCCAACAAGCCGUCAACAAGUUGUGUUCGCACUGUUUGAAAUCCCAAGUUGUCAACAAGUUUGGAACAAGCUGUUAAGUAACAUUUUAAUUCAUGAGGACUGGAUCAUGAGGAUCAUGAGGACUUGUAACAUUUUUGUUAUAUCAUAACUGUAUCAGACUUGUUAGAACAACCUUGUAACAAAUCUGAUAAUGCCAUCAAGCUUGUUUCAAAUUUUUAACAGCUUGUAACAAGCUUGUUACAACAACUAGGAACAAGCAAUGCGAGCACAACUUGUCGACAGCUUGUGAACAGAGUUGUUAUACAACUUGUUUGCAGACUUGUAACAACCAAGGGUGGGUUGACUACAAAAUUUUUGUAGUUCGCUAUAACUACAGCUACUUCAAAAAUAUGUAGUCAGCUACAACUACUGCUACUUUUGAACAAAAGUAGUUCGCUACUGACUACGGCUACUGCUUAAAAAAUGUAGCGAACUAUUUCGCUAUUUCGCUACUCUAUAUUUUUUAGUUUAGUAUGGUAUUUGGGCUCAGGCUGUAAUUUAACCUAUAACAAAUAGACUUACGAGUAGCAACAGUAAACAAAUAGGGUCAAAGAAACAUUUUUGUAAGCACUAUACAAUGUUCAGGAGUGCCACUUUUCAAUGCGCUAAAAUAAUCUUUACUGUAUAAAAUAAUCUUUUAAGCAAACCUUGUCUUAAUAUCAUUAUAUUCUACGAACGGUUGCUAACAAUUUUAAAAAGUAGCGAAUAGCGAUUCGCUGUUUGAAAAGUAGUCAACUACUUGGCUAUUUUUAGGCAAAAUGUAGUUCGCUAUAACUACAACUACUGUUUUAAAAAAGUAGUCAAAAACUACUGGCUGUACUUGAAAAUUGUAGUUCGCUACAGUAGCGAACUACAACUACUUCGCUACUACCCACCCUUGGUAACAACUUGUGCGUUUUUGCGUGUGUAUACGUAAAAACACACAAGUUGUUCCAGAUCUACAAACAAGUUGCAACAAGGUUGUUGUGAAGCCGAUAUCAGGAUGUGUUCGCACUGCUUGUUCCCAGUUGUUGUGACAAGUCUGGAACAAAUUGUCAUCACCUUGUUACAAGGUUGAUGACUGUAACAGAUUUGCUACAAGUUGUUCCAACAAGACGAAUACAGGCUGUUCGUAACAAGUUUCGACGAGCUUGUUGUCAUCAACUUGUUAACAACUUGUUACGUGCAGACGAUAUCAGACAAUAGGGACCUUUAGCUAGCAGGAUGGCGACGGCUAUUAAUUAAUAAUACUAUGAAAUUCAUGACGGUGUGGAAAGAAAAUGCAUAAUUAAAGUUCCCAUGGGAGUUUUAGACGUCGUCCUUGCUCUGUUUACAACAGCAAAUCCAAGAUUUUCACGUUUUCUAUACAACGUCUGCCUUCCAAGCCGCGAAAAGUCGUCCUCGGCAAAUUGGCUUAGUAGAAGUCUUCUCAACCAUAAACCUCUGUCUUAACCUUCUUAAACUGCAAUAAAUUCAUACAACGGAUAAUACAAGACAUGUUGAUCUUAAAGUUUAAUAUACUUAUUUGAACGAAUUUGUUUUGGCCGUCGUCGUCGCGUUGCCGUCCCCUAUUUGAUAAAGGUCCCUAGUAGUAUCUUGAUGGAACAACUUGUUGCGAGUCUGUUGGCUUUGAUCAACCUCGUUACAAUACCGUAAACCUCCGACUAUAAGCCCCCCCCCCGUGUAUAAGCCCACCACAUGUGCUAACGCUCACCUCAUUCCAGAUAUAAGCCAUCCCCCCGAAUAUAAGCCCACCCGAAUAUAAGCCCACCCGAACAUAAGCCCACCGAAUAUAAGUCCCCCGAAUUAAUAUAAGCCCAGUAAUCGCUGCUUAAUACAUGUUUAUUUUCCUGUUUAUGACUGACUUGUUUAUGUCUGACUUGUUUAUUACUAACACAAAAGGUCGACAAUGUAUAAGCCCCCUCCCCCCUAUAUAAGCCCAGCCUUGUAUAAGCCCAUCAAAAAUCGCUUACGAAAGUAUAUAAGCCCAGGGUUUAUAGUCGGAGGUUUACGGCAUGAUAACAACUUAUUCCAGACAACUGGGAACAAGCAGAACGAACACAUCUUGUUGACAAGCUGUGUGAUUUUUACGCGAGAUAAAUAAAACAGAAAUGAAACAAGCAUAAAUUAAAGAACGAAGAGCUAAGCCAAUCUGUUUCAUGUUAUAGGUUGGAGGAACAAAGUUAAAAAUGAAUUAUGGCAACGUCGGUAUGCCUCAUAUUUUGCUUUAUAACGUCUAUGCCGAUGGACAAUAUAGUAAAUGGAUUAUUUACCAAACACCUGAUUCUUCAUUGUGUUCAAUAAACCCCUGUAAGUAUUUUCGAAUCGCUUUCGAAAAUCCAGGUUUUCCUCCAGAGAUGUGCUUUGGUGUCGGAGGGGUUUCGUGUGUUACUUUCUAAAUAUAGAUUGUUAUAUGGGGCUCUGUCUUUUAUCUCGGAGUUCGUAUAGGUUGGAUUCUCGCUACGAACUCGUGUGAAAAGAGUCAGUCAACGCUCUGCCGAAAGUCGUGGGUUUUGUCUCCGGGUGCUCCGGUUCCCUCCCACAGGGAAAGUUGACAGGGUGGGUUAGGAUAAACACAGUUAAGAAAGUAAUAUCACAAUUGUUGUAAAGAUAUAAAGAGUGAGAUACUGAAAAAUACACAGUGAGAUAUUUUCCAUAUCUUCACUAGUGAAGAUAUCGAUCACGUGGCAAUUCGACAAUUUGCUUUUGAGCGUGAAAUUUCACAACUUUUUGCUUGGGACUAUAUAAUAAACAGAACCUUACACGAUGGCUUGAAGAUAUGACUUGUAUCUUCUCGUGUUAAAAACAAUAUUUUAACGCCGAGCCUGUUGUUUAUCAGGAUUGAACAAUGUUUUGCUGUCCAACGGACGUUGUUCACACUUGUCAACAAUAUUGAACAAUAUUGUUCAGCCUGAAUCGGGUGUAACAAUAUUGUUCAAGAUUGUUGACAACUGUGAACAAUGUGGGCAGCAACACAUUGUUCACAGCUGUCAACAAUAUUGAACAAUGUUGAGGCAUUGUUCAAUCCUGUUUUCAUCAAUAUUGCAACAACCUGAGCGUUUUUACGCAUGUUCAUGUAAUUUUGCGUCAUAGAAAUGCUAAAUGUUCAUGUAAUUUUGCGUCAUAGAAAUGCUAAUGAACACGGCAAAAAAACACCGAGCCUGUUGUUUAUCAGGAUUGAACAAUGCUUUGCUGCCCACAUUGUUCACAGCUGUCAACAAUAUUGAACAAUGUUGUGCAUUGUUCAAUCCUGUUUUCAUCAAUAUUGCAACAACCUGAGCGUUUUUACGCAUGUUCAUGUAAUUUUGCGUCAUAGAAAUGCUAAAUGUAAUCGUAAUAUAUAAGUAACGAAAAACACCUUUAUUUUAUAGACAAUGAUUUAUUCUCGAAGAAAAUCUUAAAGAUUACAACAGUGGCUUUGAAAGCAUUUUGUUCUAUUGAGUGUGCGAAAGAGCAACGUUGCAAGGCUUAUAUCUUUCUCGAAUUUAAGAAAUCGGAGAAUUGUCUUUUGAGCUCAGAUCCUGACGGAAAAUCAAUUCCGUACUAUGGCCUGAGUUUCGUCAAGCUUUCAAACGAUCAGGUAAUUUACCAUUUCCGUGAUUACCAUUCACGAAGAGUUCUCUCAGUCCAAUUCGUUUCCUCCAUUCCAGUGACUUAAAAAGUAAAUAAUUUCAUAUGUAGGAGUGUGACAUCAACUAUUGUCAAAGUGGCUCAACAUGUGUUCGAAGAUGUACUGAGCCAUUCUUUGAGUGUGUCUGUCCUUCAUGGGCAAGUGGCGAUCUUUGUGAAAAUUUAAAUCCAGGUAUGAAUCAUUUCACAAUGUAUAUAGUUGUUGUUGUUGUUGUUGUUGUUGUUGUUGUUGUUGUUGUUGUUGUUGUUGUUGUUGUUGUUGUUGUUGUUGUUGUUGUUGUUGUUGUUGUUGUUGUUGUUGUUGUUGUUGUUGUUGUUGUUGAUGUUGUUGAUGUUGCUGUUGCUGUUGCUGUUGCUGUUGCUGUUGCUGCUGUUGCUGUUGCUGUUGUUGCUGCUGUUGCUGCUGUUGCUGCUGUUGCUGCUGUUGCUGCUGUUGCUUGUUGUUGUUGUUGUUGUUGUUGUUGUUGUUGUUGUUGUUGUUGUUGUUGUUGUUGUUGUUAUUAUUAUCAUUAUAACAGCCUUGCAACGCGCCAAAACCUUGCAAGAUGGGGUUUAUCACCGACUUCAGACUGUUCGCGAUGUCUAGCUCCUGAAACACUUCUGCACGUAGUAGCUGGUUGCCAAUCGUAUCUAGAACGAUUCACGUGGAGACAUGACUCCGUUCUAAACUUUCUCGCAACAAGCGUGCAAAUCGUAAGCGGCUCACAUCUUUACGUGGAUCUUCCAGGGAGCAAAAGUCCAUCAAUCAUCACUGGUGACACCUACCGUCCAGAUUUGCUAAUUCAACCUCAACCGGAACACUCUAUAUUGUCGAACUUACAGUUGUCUUCGAAUCAAAUCUUCAAAAAAAAGUUGAGCGGCAAAAAUCAAAAUAUAAAGAAUUAA